AUGGGGGCCAUCGGCAGAGGGGUGUUCCAGUCAGUCAAGGGCUUUCGGAAUGCUCCUGUGGGCUUUCGGCACAGACUAAGAGGUAGCUUUGCUGUUUGGGGUGGACUCUUCUCUACAAUCGACUGUGGCCUGGUCCGUAUUCGAGGGAAAGAGGACCCCUGGAACUCUAUAACUAGUGGGGCGAUGACUGGGGCAGUCCUGGCUGCACGCAGUGGGCCUUUGGCUAUGGUGGGGUCGGCCAUGAUGGGGGGCAUUCUGUUGGCCUUGAUCGAGGGCUUUGGGAUCCUUCUCACCAGAUACACCGCACAGCAGUUUCAGAACCCGAGUCCCUUUGUGGAUGAUCCCAGCCAGCUUCCUCCUAAGGAUGCCAGCCAACAGCAGACUGGGUCCCAGGAGGUUCCAUGGAGCUGCCUGGCCUAG